AUGGAUCCACAUAACAACAAAGAUGAAUUGCAGAAAUCUGUAGCACAACAGUCUUUUGCACCUAGAAUUAUCUCAAACAUCUCUGAUGGAGUUCAGUAUCAUGCUCCAGAGGGUAGAGAUCUUCACGCGCAUAUGCAAAGAGAGAUACCUGACUCUGCUAAUCCAGGCUCUUUCGGCUGUGUACCUGUCUCUCAUCCCGCACAUCAAGUGGACAAUGGUAUUCAGCAGUCAGAUGGUGCUGCUUUUCAUCUACGGCCACCUCAUCCUUCUCCGUCAAAUCAGUUCUCUUAUAUUCAAGCUGAUCAGCGAAUGCCAUCACGGAGGGAGAUCCCUCUCCCAUCUUAUCCUAUCGGAUUCCAUUUUGUGCAGAACCCAGACGCCGGGAAUUUUCACAGUGACCAUGAUAGAAUGAAAUUGGCCCCACAUGACACCGGUGAGAGCUGGAGGUUUUCAACAGCCUCUGUUUCUGGUCCAUGCUAUGCUGAUAGUGCCAGUGUGUCAUAUGCACCACAUCCAUACACUGGUCCCCCUUGUGAACCAGCAGUGGUAAACCAUAGGUGGGCUGUUCCUCCCCAGAGUUUGAACCACAUAGGACUGAUGCCUUAUAGACCGCCCUUUGAAUGUCCGAUUCCAGUGGCAACUAGAGCUCCUAACUUUUGGCAACCAAGAUGA